GUGCCUUCUAGCACUUUCCACCGGGAACUGCUCCUCGCUGCUUGGGGCCGGCUUUGCCCCCGGCAGCCGCAGAGCUCUGAGGCCGGCCGUCAGGAUGCAGGCCAAGUGCAGCAGCACCGACGGCUUCUGGGAGGACGAAUGGGACACCAGCGCCAGCCUGGCCUCCCAGGCUUUCACCUUGGCCGGCCAGCCCCAGCCCAAGCCUGCAGAGCACAAGGCUGGCUGUGCAGCGUGGCGCGCCCUGGCCCUGGCCCUGCUCACUCUCUGCUUGGUGCUGAUGGUCGGUCUUGUAGCCCUGGGUCUUGUGUUUCUCCAGUUCUACCAGCUCUCCAAUUCCCAGCGAGGAAGCCUUUCUGAGAUGGAGGAGCGUCUGGGGAACCUCUCGGGAGCGUUGCAGGCGCUGCGGGCGCACAGCCGCGCGCUGGCGGGAAGUCUGCAGAGGGUGGCCGAGAGACUGUGCCGCGAGCUGUACGACAAACGCGCAGGACACAGGUGCAGCCCGUGCCCGGACACGUGGUGGUGGCAGGGAGCCAGGUGCUACAAGUUCUCCGGAGAGAGCCGCAGCUGGCAAGGCUGCCAGUCCUACUGCGAGGCGGAGAGCGCCAGCAUGCUGAAGAUCGACACGCAGGACGCUCUGGCCGAGGCGCGCAGGCGCAGCUACUCGGAGUUCUUCGACUCGUACUGGACGGGGCUGGCGCGCCGGGCGGGCGGCGCCUGGCUGUGGGCGGACGGCACGGCCCUCGCCCCGCGCCU